AUGAAUGCGUUUUCUCAGCAAUACGAAAUCACGGUCGAAGGCCGUCAGAUCGAGGAGGCAGUGGCAAGUAUAGUUCACACGCUGUUUGUGCACCGUUCGCUGGGCAAGUUCAAAUACAAGGCCGAAGGCAGCUACUACGUCGGUACUUUGGGCACUGAAGACGUUGACUGCAGUUUUAUCGACUUCACCUACGUUCGGCUAUCGUCCGAGGAGUUCACGUGCUCAGUGGAUAGGCAGAUCAGCAACUUUCGCGACCUUCUCAGACAGUCGGCUGACCACAGCGACCAGAAUGACCAUGGCGGAUGUGACGGUCAGCUGUUCGUCGAGUUCUACGAAAAGCGUCGCCGGAACUGGCCUUUCGGAGAAGAAUCGGUGCCGUGGGAAGUGUGGGCUUUGCAGGUUCACGUCGUCCAUCCGACCAGUGAGCACGGUCACCAGCAGCUACGGGAGUCGGCUGCCGAAGCCCUCUCCGAUAUCGUCUUCUCGAUCUGUCGUACUGUGAACAGGUCCCAGUACCUGCCAAAGAUGCCGUUGCAGUCUGAGCUGUCGCUGGUGUUCGACACCAGCUUUUCAGACGUCCAGCCGUACCUGCACCACUUCAAGCACCAGACGAAGAACACGCCUCUCGUCCCCUCGCUUACUUCGGCCGUACAAAAGCUUCUCCGUGGCACGUUGUCGUUUUGA